UAUGGUAAAUCGAGUUUUCUGCCUGUGCUGAAUGCAUUAGUCUAAUGAGAUGUUUGCAGCCGGAGAGCAGGGCUGCUGGAGACUAACUAUGAGCUACUAACACACGGGUGGAAGAUUAGCUUUUGCAACACUCGGUUUGCAUGUACUGAAAGUCAUCUGUCUUCUGAGUCAACAUUCCCGGCCUGCGUGACAGGUUACCUGUUUCAGAUCUCCUGGGUUGCAUGUCUACCUUUAUGACAAGCACAAGCAUCCUGCACUGAAACUGCUGAGGCUGGCAGCACCUCUUCUGCCUGUGAGCGAUUUGUCACUUCCUUCUGUAAGACUGGCACCAGCAGAAAUGCAGUCUCAGAGGAUCCCGGGGAGAAAGCGAGGCCGACCCCCACUUCACUCGACACCUAUGAAGAUGGCAGUUCAUAACAUUUAUUCUGCUUCAGCUGGUUCUUUACCAGCAGUGAAGAUCCCAAAGAAAAGAGGGCGGAAACCCGGGUACAAGCUGAAGUCCCGGGUUCUCAUGACUCCUUUAGCCCUGUCUCCUCCACGGAGCACACCAGAGCCCGACCUCAGCUCCAUCCCUCAGGAUGCAGCCACCGUGCCCAGCUUGGCAGCCUCACAGGCUCUCACAGUCUGCCUCUACAUCAACAAGCAAGCCAACGCGGGGCCGUACCUGGAGAGGAGGAAGGUGCAGCAGCUCCCCGAGCACUUCGGGCCUGAGCGGCCAUCAGCCGUCCUGCAGCAGGCUGUGCAAGCGUGCAUUGACUGUGCCCACCAGCAGAAGCUGGUCUUCUCCCUGGUCAAGCAGGGCUACGGUGGCGAGAUGGUGUCAGUCUCUGCCUCCUUUGAUGGGAAGCAGCACUUGCGGAGCCUGCCCGUGGUGAAUAGCGUCGGGUACGUCCUCCGUUUCCUCACCAAGCUGUGCCGAAGCCUCCUAUGUGACGACCUCUUCAGCCACCAGCCCUUCCCCAGGGGCACCAGCACCUCUGACAAUGCCCCGGAGAGCCAGGAAGGCAGGAUGGAGUCAGCAAAAACAGUCAGCACCGAGGAGUGCCUGGUGAACCCUGCGAGCAUGAACCGCUACGGCCUGGACCCCUCCUCCCCCACCUUUAGUCACAGGAGCUCCCUGCCCACCUCCUCUUCGCUGUACUGCAAGCGGCAGAACUCUGGAGACGGCCACCUUGGGGGCGGCUCAGCCACCACAGUCGGUGGUCCCCGCACCAGCCCCAUGUCCUCCGGAGGCUCCUCGGCACCUGGGCUGCGGCCUCCUGGCUCCAGCCCCAAGAGGAACGGGACCUCUCUUGAAGGAAACAGAUGUGCCUCAAACCUUCCUCCGGACAGGCAGGAUGCCCGGCAGCCGAGGAGCAGGAACCCUUCCAGCUGGUCGGUGGAGGAUGUGGUCUGGUUCCUGAAGGACGCAGACCCGCAGGCCCUGGGGCCCCAUGUGGAGCUCUUUCGGAAGCAUGAGAUUGAUGGCAAUGCCCUCUUAUUGCUGAAGAGUGACAUGAUCAUGAAAUACUUGGGCCUGAAGCUGGGGCCUGCACUGAAACUCUGCUACCAUAUUGAUAAACUGAAGAAAGACAAGUUCUGAAGGUGUUUAAAAGAUACAAGCAAAGUCCAGACAGCAGAAUCUCCAGACCAUCUGCCUUACCACCAUCACCACCAUCACAAGGACUCCCUUCUGAAAAAGAACUGUCACAAAGACUUGGUCUUUUUUUUUUUUUUUUCAAUAAAACUUGUAGGUCUUGACCUUUUAAAAAAUUCAACAUGGCCCUUUUGAAAGUUUCCUCUGUUUUAAUGAUUUGCCAAAAAAUUAACAACAAAAAAUGCCCAUUAUUUUUAACAUUCCUAGUUGGUUAGUUCCUCUUAGGGUAGGUCCUGUUUUUAUAAUGAGAGUUUGGGGAACUGAAGGCUGUCACCCAAGGAGGACCUUGGAGAUUUCCAAGCAUGUGGGAAGAACCUUUGUCUCUGCAGGCUCUGUGGGGAUGCCCACCACAGCAGCCCCCCAUCUUUAACUCUGACCCGGAGACCUAUCAUUGUGAACCUUGCUUGAUUCAGCUCUGGAAGCUGUCUUCUGAGGAUAAAUGCCUCACCUUGCACUAUCCGGAAAACUUGAAUUCUUUUGCUCUCUGAAAGAGAAGAAGAAAAAGAAUCUUUUCUAUCAAUACCUAGUUAUCUGAAGUACUGUGUUGCCCCACUAGGGGGCAGACUGCCAAUGUAAUUUCAGGACCCUCACUGCAGCAGCCUGAUAUUCAGUACCCAGUGGAUGAAUUAGGGUUUCUGGGAACAAGAUCUAGCCUACACAGACACAGAGAAUUUAUUCCACAGUCAGCACCACAGAUUGCAAUGUGGGAAGAAACCGUCUUCUAGAAGGUUCUUGUUCAUAACCAGUCAUUAUCAACUGCCUGAGAUGCACAAGCAGCAAAGGCAAAAAUUUGGAAGCACGCUCUUCCCAGAUGGGGCUUUGGAGUCCCUUCCCUUCCAGAGUCCUUACUGAGGUGUCGAUGUAUUGGCGCGCCAGAGACUCUUAGUGACAUUUAACCACAGCGUUUUUUUCAAAAAGAAAAAAGAUGCCUCAACUAAGCUUUGAAAUCAGAAGGUGUUGAUUUCUAGUCACACUGUGGGAUUAUAUAGCUGUAUCUGUGGCUAAUUUUAAUAAUAAUAGCAUGUACACAGACAUGCUAUUAUUGGGUUUAAUUCAAUUUACAAAUCGGUUUUCCUUUCUCACUCUGGAAUAAUAGAAAAAAAAUUGAUUUCUACCCCUUUGCAGCUGUGUCCAGGGAAGGGCAAUGAACCCACAGUUUACUAGGCAGAAGGGCAGCCGCAUCUCCAUUCUUCUUAUCUUUUCCUUUCUCUCUUUUCCUGUCUCCUUUUUACUUCCUCUCUCACUGAAUAGGGAACAUAUCUUCAAAAUGAAUUCGCCUUUGCCAUGGGCGUAUCCUCUUCUGUAAAAAAAAAAAGGAAAGAAAGAAAAAAAAUCCAUAUUGUUGGACGUGAGGAGAUGAAUGCUAGACUUUGUGUUCCCUGGGAGGGGGAGGAUCAACGAUAACUCCAGACCUCCCUUGGCCCAAUGCAGAGCAGAAAGGGCACACCAUCUUCAGGAUGCAGCCUGGACAGGUGUCUCACUGGUGAGCAGAGCAGGAGGUUAAGUGCAGCCUCUCACCCCUCUGUUAGGACUUCCCUGGUGGCUCAGUGGUAAAGAACCCACCUGCCAAUGCAGGAGAUGCAGGUUCAAUCCCUGGGUCGGAAGAUCCUCUAGAGAAGGAAAUGGCAACCCACUGCAGUAUUCUUGUCUGAAAAAUCACAUGGAUAAAAUCCCUAAGAAACCUCCCAUGCCAUGCUCUUAGACCCAUUUUAAUGAGUGAUAUCUGAGAAAGCACAUCAGAACAGAAUCCUUUUUAGACAAACAGUGGCUGACUUAAAGUGUGACAGAGAAGGGACAAAGGAGAACUAAAGGACAGAGGAGAAUGUCCUAAAACUACCCACGAAACUGAGCUUGAGUUAUCAGGCUACGGAAGAGCUGAAUGUCUGUCAGUUCCGGCCGCUGACUAAACUAUCCUCAAUCAGGCCUUGGGACAGUGUCUUCAAGAUUUUGAAGCAAUAAAUUGACUCUGUUCCUCUAAGUUUGCUCAUUGUGAAGUGCUCACAGCUGGUCUGGAAUUAAAUAGUCUCCCUCAGAAAACCAUGGGGAGUGUAUAUAUUCAGAACAGCCAGUAUGAAAGCAGUGAGAUCCAGAAAAAUUCCACAACAACCCAUGUUCCUCACUCCAAGCCCUCUGAGACUUGUGGUGCCUCUUCCAUCAAUGUAUACCCCGUACGCUGUUGUUGUUUAGUCGCUAAGUCAUGUCCAGCUCUUUUAUGACUCCAUGGACUGUAGCCUGCCAGGCUCCUCUCUGCAUGGGAAUUCCCAGGCAAGAAUACUGGAAUAGGUUAUCAUUUCCUUCUCCAGGGGAUCUUCCCAACCUAGGGAUCGAACCCAAAUCUCCUGCAUUGGCAGCCAGGUUCUUUACUAUUGAGUCACCUGGGAAGCCCUGUACCUCAUACAGAGACUUUCAAAACUUUCUACCAUUCUUGCUAGUGCUUCCCUUGGCACAAAAAUACCAACAUUGGUGCCACCAAGUGAAAAUCAUCCUCAGACAAUAUCGAGGAGAUACUUGGAGGAGUUUUCAGGGGAGAGAGAUUUUCCCAUCUUGAGGAGAAAACUGGGUCCAUGUUCAUGUGGAUCUGCUCUCACAGAGGUGCUGUCUUAUUUUGCUUUAAACUUUAAGCAGGACAGAUUGCUGCAGCCAUGAUAUUUAAGGUUUGACUUUUUAAAAAUCUCAUUACUCUUAAAAUGAAUGCUGCCACAUCAGAGAAUAACCCAGGGAGGAAAUUCUUCCUUGCCUGUUUUUACACUGAAAUGCAAUUAGCCAGCCAAAUUAUUGUCGCCAAUCCUGCAAUUAUAAUUAAUUUUCACCCUUUUCAAAAAUCUUGUCAAACCAGGCAGAUAAAUAGCUUAGCAAAUGUAAAACAUGCCGGGCCAUCUCCUCUACAUGGACCUUACCGAGUCAGGCCAUGUGUAUCACUCUAAUCUGAAUGGGAGCUUAUUUGGGGGGAGGCCUUGCACUUGUACAGAUGUGGUACUUGUUAUUCCAUGGCAGUAGCUUCGCUUCAGGUUGUGGUGAAUAAUGAUAGAGUUUUGCAUAAUUUCAAAUUAGAGUGUGUGUGCGCGCGGGCGUGUGCGUUCAUGUUCGAAACAUUUCCAAUUAUACUUGUCUGUUAAACACUUAAAAAAAAAAAUCUUAGACAAUUUUAUUGCCUAAGGCAUUUAAAAUAUUUUAUAAAGCACAUUAUUCCUUUUGUGAAGAUUUUAGGUGAAAGAUGUGCAUUUCAUGUGUGUGUGUGUGUGUGUCUCUGUGGGUACGCGCGUGCGCGCACGCAGGCACAUGCGUACUUCUUGGCAGCGCAGUGGGAAGAGCCUUUGAAAGUGGCUGGGAAUGUGUCAGCUCUUGCAUUUGCUUUGUUUCUAAUGCCUUCCCAGUUUCGUAGCACUGAGGAAGGACCCACCCCAGGCAGCAGGGUGCACCCUGGAGGCAGCUGGGGGGCCGGUGCUGGGGUUCUAGACCUGCCCGCUGUCAGGCGCUGACUGGGCCCGCCCAGCCAGCGCAGGCUCUGCUCCCCGUGACUUGAGAGGACAGGCCUGGCCAGCGGGCCCGCCGGGCGGGCAGUGGGCAUCCUGAGCGCCUGGUGCGGUGCCCGCCACGGCUCCACGCACUCCGUCACUUCUCGUCAGCAGGGCUAUCUGCUGUUUUCCUUUACAGCAGGAGAAAGGAGUGGGACGCUCCUCAAGAGAGACAAAGAGGAUAGUAAAAUACACUGGGAAGGAAGACCGAGCUGAGGUAGGUGUAUGUGAGGAGGAAACAGCAGGAGAGGAAGCCAAAAGUGACUGUCUUAGAAAGCGGACAGCACCUCUUCCAACAGGCCCAACUCUUUCAGCUACAAUUACCUAUUUUUGUAUUUAUGUGCUGUAUGGAAUAUGGAAUACUUCUCUUUUUUAAUUAAAAUUAUUUUUUUUAUUACUUUCUGAGAUGGUUUUAAGGAAAAUUUUAUUAUAGCUCUGAAGAUGAUUGGAAAUGCCCAGAAGUGACCAGGGACUCAAAUUUAGUCAUUGUCAGAAGGUCUCGAAAGAUGGAGACACUUUGUUUUCUUUCUAAAGAACCAGACAGGUUUCCAUCCAUGUGAGAAGGUGAGUUGUGAUGUUUGCUCUGACCGGUGCUUUUUCAGCUCUUCUCUGAUGGGCUUAGAGGCGGAGGAGAGACUCACUUUCCCCCCUUACACCUCAGAUAACAAGACAGAAGAAGGGGAAGGAGGAGAUGAUUUUUGGUUAGGGAGAGGGAUGAACGCCUGUCUGUGGGCGGGGUUUAUCUGUAGUUACUAACACACUCCAAGAAGUAACACAGUCCUGCUGUAGUCUUGCCGCAUGCCGCAGCCCCAGUGGCAGAAGGCUGCGCUGAGAAAACGGGUGCUGAGCCCGGCAGAUGGUCAGCCAUCUAGCGGUGCGGAGAGUCCCGCUCCCAGCUCGUGAGGUCACCCCAGUGGCUCCUCUCGCGUGGCUCCCUGCCACACUGCCCCGGAAAGAGGGCUGGGAGCCCCCGCUUCCAGGGUGCCCUUCCCUCCAACCUUUAUCCUAAUCGAAGACGAUUCCUUCACGGGCAAUUGGAAGCUGGAAUUUUUUGGAAAUGUAGCGUUUACUUGAAAGAGAAUCGUUCUUAUUUAUUGCCACUAGUUAAAUAUUAUGGAAACAUGUCUGCUAACAAUUUGCUUUGUGUAAUUUGUUCUAAUGCUAAUAAGCAACAGCUGGGACACUUCCUGUCGUGAAUUCCUUUGUGGUUACAGUGGUAUUAUCACACACGGACUUCACCAAAUCGCUGAACUUGAGAAGAACACUCACUCCGGCUCUCCCAGGCUGCAGGAAAUUCCCCGCACUUAGAAGCAGUUCUGGGCAAGGCAUUUUUUUUUUUUAGAGGAGGUUGUGCUUUUCCUUCACUCCCUGCUCCUGAAGAGGGCUGCAGAACGGUGCUCUUCAAGUCCCACCUAGAGAGCCUGGGAUUCUCCUCCCUCUCAGCCAUGAGCUUGAUCUCCUCCAGAGGAAACACAGCAAGCAGAGCUAAAGAGUGACACCUUCCUCCAGGUCCGUGCACGGUGCCCAGAGUGAAUACAGAGUAAAGAGUGAAAAAGGCAGUGGAAGGUGGUCUUCUGUCCACCUCGUGCGGGCUGUGCCUUCCCCGCCGGGCUUCCAUCAGCAGACGAGGCCCAAGAGGGGUGGAGAUGCGUCCAAGAGCCAAGAGCUGCUCAGAAGAGGAUGACGUGAUGACAGCAGACAGUGUGGGCAUCUUCCCUCUGAAGGGUCUAGACGCACCACUCAGACUUUCUCGGGGCUGCCAGCCCACCGUUCUCCGCUCUGUAGCUCCACCGCAGGACCUGAGCCUUUGUGCUGUUUCCUCAUAUCAGAUUUUUGUUGUAAAGGCCAACACAAACGCCUCCUAUUGGAUUCUGUUUUGGAACAUAACCAAAGCCUUGCUUCUCCACUAUGAAGUGAGCCUUGCUCUCUAUGAAACAGCAGACCCUCGCUGGGUGUCGUUUUACAGUAAGCAUAUGUGACCGGAGGCUACCUCCACCACAAAUGUAGCAUCCUUAAACCUCAGGUGGGCCCCACCUCCCCCUCCAGUGCUGGAAUGCCUUCCCUACACCCCUGAGAAACGGCUCUGCCUGACCACUUCCCAUUAGGGGGAGUUGAGUCCCAUAGGAAGUGGCUUAUUUCUCUGUUGGACGGCUCUGGUUGUGAAAACGUUAUUUCUCAGGGAGACACAGAUGUCUGUGAAUCAGACACAGACGUUUGAGACGAAGCCAACUCUGCAAUCUUUCUCUUUUCAACAGAGCUUGUCCGUGCAGUAACCACACCUAUAAUACAAAUUAACAUUGGCAAGUAGGCCCCAGCCCCACUACAUUAGCGUAGAAGAGUAGACACUGUGUAUAAAUGGGGGACUCAGAUAGGUCAUGGCCAUCAGAUUCAUCAGGCCUGUCAGGAAAAACUAUCGAAAUUCUUGUGGCCUCACACACACAGAAAAGGGUGUCCUGGGAGAAUCUUUAGUGUAGUUGUAAAUCUGGCUGUGGUCAUAUAAGCAUGUGAGUUAUAAAAGAUUGCAUGAAAAAAAUCUGUAAGUCCAUGUUCCUUAAUAACUGGAAAAGACGUGGAGGUCCUGUCUCUUAACUGUACUCACUGGUGAUAUAAUAAACUAAGGAAGCUUUAGUUUAGCCAAAAACAAGUUAUAAUUGAUGACAGAAAAGUAAACAUGGUCUGUUGUGAAUUUAAGCAAGAGUGAUGGAGUUUAUGACGCCAAGCCCAAGCGGAUUUCGUGCUUGUGUGUGCAUGCCCUGACGACUGUGUAUUUGUGAGUUAGUGUGAUAAGAGGUGGGGAUUGGGGAAGGUAUGAGGAGAGAUUGCAAAAGGGAGCUUUUGCUUUCUAGAGCAUUCUUAUUCAGGAGAACUAUCUAGCAAUGAUUUAGAAAUCAGAUCCCAAAGUAACAUGUAGUUUAUGUAGUUUGCUUAGAUAAAAUUCUGAAUAAUGGAACAGAUUCUCUGAAAAUAUUUAAAACUUGGUAUUUGGAAAAAGUAGCUACCAUCCAGCACCUUGCCUCGUGGCACCUGCCGUAUAAAAGUUACCUCAUUAACAUUCAUCCGCUGAAGGAAGGAGUGCUUGACUAGUUUCCGUAUUUUAUUCAAAAAGUCACUGAUUUCCUUUUUGGACACCAUGUCUUUACUGAAAGGAGAAGUGCUGAAGAGAGGAGGCCAAAAGAAGAGCUGAGGCCUUUCGUUUCCUCUAGUUCCCCAAACGCUCAGGGAGGUCAACCCCCCAGCUGUGGACUCCUCACUCCUCUUUUCGUCUUAGGAUCUCACAUUCUCACUGGCCUAUCAGAGAAUAACAAUAGAUUCUUCCCAGCUUUACUGUUAUGACAUCUUUUCCUUCUCAGUCCACGAUGGCUCUCAGCUCUGAGUAGGGUUUCCGUGGGCCGGUUAGUCACCCAGGGACAGUCAGGGUCCCCGGGAGUCCCUGGGCAUGUCCCCUGAGCCCUGCGCUCCCAGUGCCUUGCUCACCGUGGAGAGGGCAGGUCAGCAGAGCCGGCAAGCCCCCCACAAGCCACUCUGUCGUCUCUUGAUGGUGGCCCAGCUGGGAAGGCACACCCUACAGGAGGUGGGUAGGAGGCCACCUUCUCCUGCCCUUUUCACUCUUCACCCGUCCUCACCCCUUGAGGGCCAAUUUGGAGAGAUCAGGGGCUUCUUUUUUCUCUCCCACAUAGUUACACAGGAGCAUUGAUUAUAGAACCACGAGACUGACUUUUUUUUUUCCACAACCACACCAAAUUUUGGAGUGUUUCACUUUCAAAGAAAUCAGCUCAAAAGCCUGAGCAUCUGUCCCAAGGAUGUUGUCAUUGCUUAGAAUAUUUCUAGUGCAUCUCUUUUGGGGUCAUCUUUAGAAGCUAGAACACAUUCUUUUCAAAGUGGAAAGCCCAUUGUCGUCACUGGAGGGUGGAUUCUUUUUUCUUUUUGGAGUCAAAGGCAUUGGGGUCAUGUCUGCACAGCAGCGCAGCUGAUCCACUUGAGGUGUCAAAAAGUGUGUCUCUAUACUCAUCAGUCUGUCUUUUCCUCAUGUUUCCUUACUGGAUGCAGAUGGUCUGAACAAUAACAGACACACCUCAUUGUUAGCUUGAAUAUAUCAGUAUAAGGAGCUGUACUGCAGAGACUGCUUUGGCAGGCAACAUCACCUGGAUGAACAUUCAACAUGUUCAUUGUAAAGCUCGUUUGUCGUUCGCCUCUGUAUCUCUAGGCAUCGUAAGCUCAGGAUAUUGUGAGUGUCCUACAACCCCAAAUAGCAGGGGAACUUGGAGGAAGAAGCCUUGGGGGACACCUGGACAGCUCACCUCCGGGGGAGAGCCUUCUCCCAGUGGUUCUCACCACUCUGGAGGCAGAUUACGGUGCAGUGCCAUGAAGCCAGCCCUCCGAGCUGCCUCAUGCCCCAUCUCCUCAUCUGGAAAAGAAGUGGGAUCCAGAUGUCCUUCAAAGGCAUUUACAGCUAUUACUUCAACAAAGGUCAGUGGGGCUGUUGGCUCCUCCGUGUUCUGUUUUACGAUUUCCAGCUUCUGCCUCUCCUCCUGUCUGACCUCGUCUAGAUGUUUUCUCAUUCUCUUCUCUCACUGGCCCCUUGUGGUUGUUCAGUCACUCAGUCAUGUCUGAUUCUUUGCGACCCCAUGGACUGCAGCACGCCAGGCUUCCCUGUCCAUCACCAACUCCCAGAGCUUGCUCAAACUCAUGUCCAUCGAGGCAUUGAUGCCAUCCAACCAUCUCAUCCUUUGUCGUCCCCUUCUCCUCCCGCCUUCAAUCUUUCCCAGCAUCAGGGUCUUUUCCAAUGAGUCAGUUCUUCCUAUCAGAUGGCCAACGUAUUGGAGUUUCAGCCUCAACAUCAGUCCUAUGGCUCAUCCUCAAAGCCACUGAAGUAUCACUGUGCUAUCCUUUCUCAUUAUCUUUACUUUCCAUUUCUUACUUUCUUCCUGCCUCUGUGUUUCCAUUCCAUCAGCUCCAGUGCCUUGGGGGAAAAAGAGGAGAUGGAGAGGGAAAUAAAGAAUUAACAAGUAGCCUCUUCCCCACCUAACUGGGCCAUCCUGACCCUUGCCUGCCUCCCACCACCUCAUCAUUAGCCACCUACAACAUUCCUCGGCUCUGUGGUGCUUCCGGCCCAAUCUCCACCUGUUCAUUCCACUCCUCAAGGUCCUGCCCUCUCAAUCUGUCCUUGAGUUUGGGAACAAGAGCCCUGUCCCUUUUAAUGGCUUCAUUCUGUGAUUCACCCUGACAUCUCCCUCAUAGGCCUCCUCAGCCUUCUUCCAGCAUCGGCCCUAGUACCCACCCCAUCAGGUGUCCCUCCUCUUUCAGCCCCGAAGGUCAAGAGCCAAGUGACCUGGAGCCGAUGGGACACACACACACCUCUUGAAAAGCAUGAGUUGUUUCUCCCAGCCAUGCUGGCUCCUGUAGCCUGCAUGGAGUCACUCUGCCCUCCAGGAGCAAUUCAGGCCAUCCUACCAUUCCUCAUAGAACAUGUAGCUUUGUCCAGACCCAGUGAGCACUGACUGCAGCUCCCAGCAACCAAAGCCAGGCCAGGGUCUCCGUUCAAAUAAGGAGGGCGGCCAGGAUCAGAGGUGAGGCACAAUGACCUACAUCAGAAGCACUUCUAAGGUAAGGGUUGUUUUUAGGCAUUUACAAGUCUGCUGAGAUGUUUGCAGUGUUAAGGGGCUUGUGUCUCAGUAGGGGAAGAUGACAACAUAUUUCCCAAAGGAAAAUGUGGAUUCAAGGAGGGAGAAAGGCAGCAAAAUUCUGGAACAAGGAUGCUCUGUCCCUGGACUUUAUCUAGCACUGUCACACCCGCUUAGGGUUUUUCUAGAAAUCAAGCUUGUUUCCCUCCACAGGAACCAAAAGUGUCUGUGCUCAAAUGUGAAAGAGUUUGGAGAACUUUGAUUUCUUUCAUUCUCCACUGUUUACUAAGUCACAGUACUUAAUUUGCUGUCAUCUUCCAGCUAUAUGUUGGAUCACAUGAGGAUUUUAAAGAAAUGAGCUUGUCUUAUCUCAUCUUCCAGAUCUUUUGAAAUAGCAGUUAUCUUAUAGAGUGUAUAUUUUCAUUUUAUAGUUACCGGUUGAUUAGAUUAUUUCUCUCCUGUAUAUACAUAAAAUAAUUUUAUGAAUACAAAGAUUUUAUACUAAAAGUACAUCUGUAGAUAAAUUGACUUUUUAUUCUAUACACAUGAAAACUAAAUAAAUAGAUGAAUUAAAAUCAUUUCAUCAUAAUUGUAUUCUGUUGCAAAUUUUUCUCCACAUUGACAGUGAAAACUUUUUAUUAAGGUCUGUUGUAACAUCACAGAACAUCGGAGGCUAAAAGUUUUGUGUUUUACUACUAUGCUAGAUUGUGAUUAUCUGACAAGGCUCUAGGUAAAUAAUGAGCAGUUCUGAGUAAGUGGAAAUCUAUGUGUACUAAGCUCUCGAGAUUGAAUGAUGAUGAUUGAAAUGUUGUGCCUUUUGUUUGGUAAGUUGAGGGGUUUAUAUUCAGAUUCUUUCUUUCAACUCAGCCUUAGUUAAUUUCACAUUUCCAUCUCCUUAUUCUAUGUCUGGACCUCAAUAUGCCAACACAGGGGACCCUCUGCUCUCUCCACCUGGGAGACUGACUGCACCUGCUCACUUUCUCUGGUGAAGUUCUGUUUUUAAUGAAGGUGCAAAUAGGCCAUCCCCUCGUCUCAGUAAGAGAGAAACAGGAUUGACUGCAUCCCUUUUCUCUACCUAGAUGGUCUUUCCUCCCUUCUAAUGAAAGAUUGUGAAAGGGUACAUUUACAUGCAUAUUCACGUGAGUGCUUGUGAUUGAGUUUGAAAAUUUGAGGCAAAGUUCAUCCAGCAUUUGCUGGGUGAUGGAAGUUUUUGCAGCAUUUGUUUGUGCCGAGACAAGUGUGCAAGAAGGGCCUGGUGUGUGCGAUGCAGAUACUCUCUCAUUACUUGAAAAUCCACUGUGCUUUUACUUCUUAUGGUCAGAAGUUAAUUCUGGAACAUUACUUCAACUCCCUGCUUUAUUUAGAAGCAUGCAAGGAAUGCAGAGCUUCGAUUAGGAAAUGGUGUUGUCUUAAGAUCUGGCUUUUUUUAUUUUUAAAAUAUUAAUGGAUCUAAAUUUGCAGACCAGAAAUCAGUGAACAGAACUCAUUGUAAUGGGGGGGAACAGUAUUUACAUUAGAGAGAGUAGUAGACUCUAUCACCUGGGGAAAGAGCGGCUCCUUAAUUUUUGCUCUUUGCAAGCAUGAUGCAAUCAGUGUUUCCUGACACUGGGACAAUCCACUCACCUCAGAGUGUUCCUAUGUAAUUGUGUCACAUAAUGGGAAAUUGUAAUAGGCAAUUUGGUUCUGUAAUUCAGUUUGCAAAGCAUGCAAACAUAAGAUAACUGGGUUAAAUGCAAUAAGCAUUACACUAAGGUACGAAAACAUGUGGGGAGAAAAGAUGCUGUGUCCAUAACUUAGAAAGAACAUGAAUUUUAUUCCUCAUGUGCCUCAAAGUGUAGAGCUUAUUAAAGUUAUUUAUCCUCUAGUUUAAUUUCAUCACAUAUUGUCCAUACAGAUGCAUUAUCUGUGUAUGAACAUACCUGGUUUUAUACCGCACAUAUUUAUAGUUUUUCUCUUACUUGUAAUAUGCAGGCUCCAAUGAACCGCAUUCAGGAGUGAGUUGAUGUGCUUAUUUCUUACAGUGUACAGUGCAUAUGGACUAUUAACAAAUAGACAAAUAUAUCCUACAAAUAUGUAGGACACCAUGUCAAAAUGUUCUUUAAAAUUUUCAAAACCUUUUGGUUAUCUGUAACUUUUUGCUUUUGACAAUUCUUUCAUUGUUUAGAGGUCUAUUUUUAUUGUAUUCCUUUAAAUGGUCACUGUAGGUACACGAUAGAUACAUACAGUUUCAUUACAUAAACACUACUGGCCUUAAUGAUUUUAAUAUUUUCAGGUGCUUUUCCCCCCAUUUUUGAUGCAGUAUUUUUGUUUUUUCUAGCACAGUGUAUCAUUGACCUGGGAUGGUUCAAUAAAAUUUCUAAAUCCUAAGAUUCCAAGACAAUGCAGUAUUUUCUGUUCAUGCUGUAAAAAGUAUUUCUGUAUUUUUAAUAAAGAAUAGAAUUUC